ACCAAAAGGUUUAACAGGCCAAAGCGACAGCUGUAUGGAAAGUGGAACUGUGUUAUAAUGUGUCCGUGCUGCAGUGUUCGGCUCGGCUAUGCCCCUCGUUCGUUCAUCUUCGGAACAGUUCGGAAACUUUGGAAAAGGGCAGGACGUCGCGCUCCGGUGUGCGCGUGACUGACCGAGUUUGCCACCGGGACCAGACCAUUGCGACCAGUUCACCUGAAAUACCGACCGGCCACGGCAGGACAGAUUAGCCUGAAGGCUGGAGGUUGACUGGGCUCCUGCGCUCGUUUUCAGACUCCCCGUCUUAACUCUGCCACUCUGGAGGAAUGUGGCGGAUUUAGAGAGAGAAGCGGCUGCCAAACUGACGUGAAUCGGGGGGCGAAGUUUCACGGCGAAGUCGAAAGCAGAGAAACAACUCGGCGCGACCUGAGCGCGAGCAUGGCAUCUGGGGGGUUCCGAUCCCAUGCCACCACCGACUUUCUGGAGGAGUGGAAAGCGAAACGGGAGAAAAUGAGGGCGAAGAUGCUGGGGGACAUCGCCGCGGCCAGCGGGGUCUGCGCUCCCUCGGCCACCCCGGCGGGGCCCGACGGCGCCAGGAGCGCAGCGCGGAGCGGGAGCGCAGCGGCCGAGAUGACCAACAACGGUCACCCGGCGGCUCCGAGGAAGCCGGACGACGACCCCCCGCACCCGGCACCGGCCGGAGUCAGCCCGAAGAAGGCGGACGCGGCUCCCGGCUGCGGCGACAGCGACCAGGAGAGGACCGCGCACGGCAAGGGCAGGGAGAAGAAGAGCUGCGGCCCCAGCGCCAGGAAAGGAAAGGGCCAGAUCGAGAAACGGAAGCUGCGGGAGAAGCGCAGGUCCACGGGUGUUGUCAGCAUACCGUCCAAUGAGAGUUUGGAUGAACUGGAUGAUGAUGAUGGAGGGGAGAAGGAGAGGAAGAAGGAGGAAGCUCUCACACAGCUCAACACGGCCCAGAACGAGUCCAUGACCUCUGACACUUCAAUACAGGAGACUCCAAGAUCUGGCAGUGGUCGUCACAAGGGUGAGGAUGAUUUGGGUGGUAACAGGCAUCGUCAGAGCCAUGGCCGCCACGCUGCCUCUGCAAAUGCCGGUCUAGAGAGGAGGAUUGAGGAGCUGGAGAAGGAGCUGGCCAUCGAAAGGCAGGAGAAUGCUAGGCUGUUGAAAGCCCACCAGGACAAAGAUGAGCUGAUUGUUAAGCUGAAGGAGGAGAUUGAUCUCGUUAACAGGGUGAGGAACUUGCAACAGACGUCCAGUAGGGGGCGAACCUGAAACUGUGCAAACACGUGCCACUUCACCACCAAUCACUAAUGUGAAUCAGUAUUCUUCAAAAUAAUCUGUCUCUUCAAUUCUGGGCCAAAUUAGCUGAGGCUUAUUUAUUCCAUAUGUAUGCCAUCAGGUGGGAGUUUGGGGCUCUAUUCACCUUUGUUUUUGCUGUGUCAGUGAACUCUUACUGUUUGAUGUCUCCCAGAUCUGCCCUUUUCAUUUCUGAUGUCGCUUGCCAUGCCUCUCUUGAUCACGCCUCCCCCGUGCCCUGACAGUUAUGCCGCAGGUGAACAGAAAUAGUGACCAAUUUAUGACUCCACUCUCUCCCCUCCAUUCAGUCUGAUUUGUUAAUGUUUCCUGCUUGGCAGAAGAUUACAGUGACUGCUCUGGAGUAACGCGCCUCGCAGGCCUUGAUGUAUGGAUGCUUGCAGCUGUGCUUUUCGAUGCAGCUCAGUUGGACCUGAUUGGUAUUUGUGCAACACUGUAAGAUUACUGUACACUGAGAUGACGUUGUAUGGACAUGGCGCUCAGGGAUACUGGGAUCAUGACACUCUUGAUCUGCCGCUGUCUCUACGCUGAGACAGCAACGUUCAUCAGAUAUCUGGUCUGGCUGAUGGUGCUUUGCUACUCAAAAUCACACUUUAUUUGACUUUAUUAUCACCGGAUAAUAUUGCAUUUCCUUAAUUGUUUCAUGGUUAACGUGAAUAUUUUUUCCCCCUGUUUUUGCCGUUUUAAUGCGUAAUAGACACCGCAGACAGAAGAGGAGGUUACCUCAGUUAACUAACGCAUGCCUUCAGGAACGCCUGGCUGCAAGUUUGCCCAGGAAAGGGAAGAGGGCGUCCCCUCUCCCAGUCUCUCACCCAGCUACGCCAUUCGUCCCGUUUCCCUUCCAUCUCUGAUCUGGGGUCAGAGUGGCGGUGUGUAGCUUUCAGCCUUUUCAGAAUGCAGCUGUAUCUGUUUUGGACUGAGACACUAAAACAUUUUUUGCAAACAAUUUGCAAUUAAUUGGGGAUUCAAUUUUUUGUGGGAAAACCACAAUAUCUUCUGGACCAAAGCAGCAGUGCUGCCUAGGCCUCCGGAUUUUAGCAGCCUGUUGGGGAAAAAGGGACAUACUUAUGCUAGUCAUGUGACCUAGUAGAUCUAGUAUACUGAAUAUUGCAUUUUGCCCUGUAACGCCUGAAUUGUGCAGCAAUUAUGGGCUCUCAUGCACAAACCCUGAAGGCUGCCCUGCCCCAGUCCCACCCUUACCCUGUCGUUUACCUUCUUGCGCAGAACUUCUUUCCCACUCCUCCGCUGUUUCCAAUCCUGAAGUCUGAGAGGCUCAGCAGGGAUCCACGGCUCCAGUUGGUCGGCGUCGUCAUUGAUGGAGCGAUGAGAAAAUGAGAGCCGUCACUUCCACGGGAGUGCUGCGAUGAGGCAGCAGGACAGCUCGUUUGUGGCUAAUGGAAGCUGCUAAUGUUUAAUUUGUUAUUAUCAAGCCUGCUGGGCUGAAGGACAGAUCGAGUAGCGAACAAGCUCCUGCCUCGCUACAGUUUCCAGAACAGCACAUCAGCACGUGGACGCUCCAGAGACCUGCAUCCUUACAGGAAUGCCAGGGGAGCGUUACUUUUCUUUGAGACCGGAAUAAAAGUUUGGAGGGGGGGGGGGACUAAAGGGUGAUUUUCUUGUCAAAGAUGGUGAAUAGAUAUUAAAUCAGACAAGCCGACCUUCUGGGUCACUGACCAAGCUCACUGUCAGCGUUGUCACGAUGUUUCAGUGGAAAAACCAAACGGGUCAGUCCCAGUCCUUUUGUUCCUCGACCACCCCAGGCUCUGUGUUUGAACAAACCUGAUUGAAGUGUUCAGCUCACUCCAAGCCCUUUGUGAGACGAUGUGAGGCAUAGGCAGACCCAUCUGGGACGUUAAAACGCCACUGAGCUGUUCUAUACUAUUAUGAGCUCCCUUAUAACUGCGCUCUCUUCACUCCUAUGACUCGGAAGGGCUUGAUGAAUAGAUGAUGAACUGAAUAUGUUUGAGCAGGUAAAUCCCAGGAAUUUGCAAAUCAUUGGGGUGCCCAGCGAUUGGCUGGAGGACCCCCGCCCCCCGCCAAGCACCCAGUCACUCACUGCGUAUGUUUUGCAGGAUCUUGAUGACAUUGAAGAUGAGAAUGAGCAGCUGAAGCAGGAGAAUAAGACCUUGCUGAAAGUCGUCGGGCAGCUGACCAGGUAGAAGCGUGCCGGUGGAAUACCUCCAUCGCCUCCGGCAUACGUCCCCAGCUCCCGCCGCCUGCAAGCAAGCCAGCGGAGCCCAGAAACCAGCUUCACCCCACUGUCCACUCACGCCUUUUCUGGUCCUGUCUUUCUGCGUAUCGUCGUUUUGCUUUCUGGAAGAGGAACCCCGUAUGGUGUGAGAGAAACACAUGAGCUCUGCUAGCACAGCUGACGUAGCCACGCGGCCUUCUGCCCUCUAAUAGUUCUGUUCAAUGUAAAUACGUGUGUACAUACGGUGGGGCAUUCUGAUUAUCAUGAGAAACUAAAAAACAAAAUUGAAUGUACACCAUGUACAGUGUACAUCAGCAAACAUCUGCGAACCCCCUCCCCCUUCCACUGCUCGUGUGCUUGAGCUGAAAAGGCCCUGGAGUUUGUGUCAUCUCUUUGACCAGUGUGGAUGUAUGGGAUUUGGGUUGGGGGUGUAGGUGUUUGGGUGGGGUGGUGGUAUGAGUGCUAUGUGUAUGUAAUGUACUAACACUGGUCAGGCUCACUAAAGCCUUAUAUAUUGGCUGCAUGAUGGUGAUGGAGUCAUCCUGACUGAAAUGUAAAGGAAAUGGAAUCUUCUAUUUGCCAAAGUGGGUGUAAUACCCUGCACAUUACUAGCAUCUGAGAAACACAUUAGUCCCAUUUAUCCCCUAGAAACUACAAAGGCCUGGGCGCUUCGGAAUGGUAAAUGCCAAUGCCAUGCCUCGUUCCAGCCGUACUGUGUAUUAAGCCUUGGAGGAGCCUGUAAUGUCCAGAGCAAUCACAUUUAAAGUCACACAAUCUUUCCAUCAGCGCUAUAUGCCUUAGACGUCUCCUAAUGGAUGGCGAAACACUCAGAGGUUUUCCAUUGUCCGAAGAACCUAGUGAGCUGUUAUGGUAGAAAUAUUCAUCACUUGUCUGAUUUUAUGUCAAAUGCAUAAUCCAGAUGUUUACAAGUUGUUUAUUUUUGCAGUAUCGUUAGAUGUAGCUAUUUGUGUUAGCAAGAUUUAGCUCUAGCCUACGCUCAUGCAGUGCGUUUCUAGUAAUCCGAUCACUGAGGUGGUGAUGUAAGAAGCCUGAGCACUGGGGAAGACUGUGCUGUGUCCUGAGCAGCCACAUUCUGCGUGUUUGCUCCCUACUGGGGUUCAUAUUCACAGAUGAACAACUCUAGAAAAGCUAGCAGCACAUGCUGUGUUAAAAGCCUACCGAGAGAAAGGUUUGAGAGAGAGAAUGUUAAGAGCACACUGCGUGUGUGCAUGUUGUGUCUCGCCCUGUCUCUAGCGCCCAACAUUCUUUUGAAUAAUGCAUGUACAGAAUGUCAUUUAAUAAAAAUUUGAUGAUAUCUA